CGUCACUGAUGGGAGCUUUGUUUUCUGCUUGUCUUUCCCCCAAGGAGAUGAUAGAAAGUGACAUCUCAUCCAUGAUGUCAGGAAUUAUUCGAAACUCAGGGCAAAAUCACCACCCCUCUCCGCAGGAGUACAGGCUCCUGGCCACCACCACCAGCGAUGAUGACCUGCCCGGGGACCUGCAGUCGUUGUCCUGGCUCACGGCGGUGGACGUGCCACGGCUGCAGCAGAUGGCGAGUGGCCGUGUGGACCUGGGGGGUCCCAGUACACCACACCCACACCCAGGUGCCUUGGCCAGAGCGGCUGACCUGCAUGUGGGAGCCACGCCGGGUGCACUGCUCCACGGCCCAGCCGGCAUGGCCCCCCCGGGCCUGCUAGGCCUGGGCCCCCUAGCCAAUCACGGAGCCAGCAUGAACCAGAUCCCCGUGGGGGGCCAGCCCUCAUCGGGCCUGCAGGACCCACGACAGCUGUAUUCACCUGCCUCCCAAACACAGUUACCGCUCCCCCCAGGUGGCCAGCAGUGCCCGCCUGUGGGCCUGUAUGGCUCCCCGUUUGGAGCACGGCCUCCCUACCCCCAGCCCCGCAUGGCUGUGCACUCAUCUCAGGAACUGCACCCCAAACACUACCCCAAGCCCAUCUACUCAUACAGCUGUCUGAUCGCCAUGGCCCUGAAGAACAGCAAGACAGGCAGCCUGCCUGUGAGUGAGAUCUACAGCUUCAUGAAGGAGCACUUCCCCUAUUUCAAGACGGCUCCCGACGGCUGGAAGAACUCCGUGCGGCACAACCUGUCGCUGAACAAGUGCUUCGAGAAGGUGGAGAAUAAGAUGAGUGGCUCCUCGCGCAAGGGCUGCCUCUGGGCCCUGAACGUGGCCCGCAUCGACAAGAUGGAGGAGGAGAUGCACAAGUGGAAGAGAAAGGAUCUUGCCGCCAUCCACCGGAGCAUGGCCAACCCCGAGGAGCUGGACAAGCUGAUCUCGGACCGGCCAGAGAGCUGCAGGCGGCCUGGCAACCCCGAGACCCCUGUGCUGACUCAUGCCACCACAGUAGCCAUGGCCCAUGGCUGCCUGGCUGUCUCCCAACUUCCACCCCAGCCACUGAUGACUCUGUCCCUGCAGUCAGUCCCCCUGCACCACCAGGUCCAGGCCCAGGCGCAUCUGGCCCCAGACUCUCCCGCCCCGGCCCAGACCCCACCCCUGCAUGCCCUGCCAGAACUGAGCCCCAGCCCCCUGCCCCACCCUGCCAUGGGAAGGGCCCCUGUGGACUUCAGCAACAUCGGCAGCGACAUGAGCACUGAGGUGGACUCCCUGGACCCCAGCAUCAUGGACUUUGCUCUUCAGGGGAACCUCUGGGAGGAGAUGAAGGACGGGGCCUUCAGCCUGGACGCGCUUGGCGCCUUCGGAGACUCGCCCCUGGGCUGUGAGCUGGGGGCGGCGGGCCUGACCCCCGCCUCUGGUGGCAGCGACCAGUCCUUCCCAGACUUGCAGGUGACGGGUCUCUAUGCCACGUACUCAACCCCAGAUGGUGUGGCCACAUCAGCCACCUCCUCCUCCUCCCAGUACCUGGGCGCCCCAGGGAACAAGCCCAUCGCCCUGCUCUGA